AUGUCAAAUGUACUACUUAUGUCAUGUGCCGCCCUUCUGGCGUUUAAUUUUUGUGCAGGCGCGACUCCAAUUAGUGACUCCGUCGAGCUCUCGAAUCUAGCAAAGACCUGUCUGUUGGAUUCUGAAUGCGAGGAAAUGACGGGCGGUAUUCUCACAAAGUUUUAUGCAAUGUGGAUGUGUCGGUACUUGGUGAGAGAAGUUCAUAGUGUGAUUGGCUUACAAGAGUUACGAUCUGUGCUUGGAUUCAUUCCGAUUGUUCCAUGGAAAAGACCGAGUGAGGAUAAGAACAACACGACUUUGGUGGCAUAUUAUGAGCAGAAGGAACCGGUUGACACCUAUGUUCAUGGCCCCAGAAACGACUUGUUAUUCGAGAAAAAUGUGGCUCCAGCUAUCAAGGUUAUGGAUAAACGUUUACCGAUGGUUCGGACUAUUUAUCGGAGAUAUCUUGAAGAUCGUCUCAGUCAUCGGAAAAUCAACGAAGACGUUGACUUUAUGAUUGCACAAUACGAAGUUAUCCACGGAUUGGUGAACGAUGCAACGGAAAAGAUAAAGUUCCGUGGGAAGUGCUCAGACGAUUCUUAA